AUGUCCCUUGCACAAGGCCAUGACGAUGAGGACUACUACCUCCCACUACAAGACCAGCGGGUAUUCGGCGCAGGUGUUCGUCGCAAACGAGUGCCCUUCGUUCGGUCGUCCGAGCACGAGCUCAGUACGAUAAAAUCGGGAGGACAGUCGUCGUCUACUCCCUUGGGACCUAGCAUCGCAGACAAAUAUCUCUCAAUCGUGCUGCAGACGCAUCCCAUCAAGACAACGACAACCUCUCCAACGGCCAAGGCCACCUCUGAUCCGGUGCGCGCAGUACACGCCGCUCAGCCUAAUCCAGACCCCACGGGCUCGUCUUCCACCGCCACCCUUCCUACACCUUCAACACUUCAGCCCUCGCCAGCUGAGUAUUGCGAAAUUUGCAAUCUUCAGCUCUCUGUCGAAAGCCAGCCGGAGAAUCGACGCAGCGCCACCACUCCCUCGUCCCGACCCCACGAAGCCUCUCUCGCCCACCAAGUUUGUCUCGAACACUCACAUCCACCCUCGCAUCUCGAUCGCACCCGUGCAGGUCUGCGCUAUCUCUCCAACUACGGCUGGGAUCCAGAUAGUCGGCUCGGACUGGGCGCAACAGGGCGAGAGGGCAUUCGCGAACCCUUGAAGGGGCGGAUCAAGACCGAUACUUCGGGAUUGGGCGCAGGACGAGAUCCAGAUGGGGACCUGGUUCCCACGCCACCUCCCCGACCAAAGAAAGUUGAGAAGCUGAAUGCAAAGCAAGCUCGUAAGAGUGCAUUGGAGGCUCAGAAGCGUGGAGACAAGUUGCGAAAUAUGUUUUUCCAGAGCGAUCAAGUGCUGAAGUAUCUGGGGGAGGAUGUGUGA